AUGGGCUCCCUCAGUCUCCCACCAAAACCUCUCUUCCUCGAGAAACCCACACGGUCCGACACGAAUAGACACGUCCCUUUCGCCGGACUCCGCGUAUUCUCCGCCGAAAGAAGCAAGUUUGCUGCUAAACGACCCAACUCGGCGCGCUCUCGCCGGAGCUCAGACGGCGUGGCCCUUUUGGUGGGAGCUGCCGGAAUCGCCCUAGCCUCCAUUGUGGGUCCCUCUCACGCCGCGCAGUACCCAAUUCUCAGCGAACCCUCGAAUGCUCUCUCUCUCCCCACAUGGGCCGUUCACGUCUCCAGCGUUGUUGAAUGGGCUACUGCAAUGGCGUUGGUGUGGCGGUAUGGGGAGAAGUCGGGUUAUGAAGCUUGGAAGGGCCUUUCUUGGGGAAUGGUUCCCCUGCUAGGUGGAGCACUUUGUGCCUGUACGUGGCAUUUCUUCUACAACUCUGAGUCUCUCGAGGUUCUUGUGGCUCUUCAAGCAGCUUUGACCGUAAUUGGAAAUGCUACAAUGUGCAUCGCUGCUUACCGUAUCUACACAUCAUCUCAAGAAAGUUCCAAAAACUCGUGA